UGGAUUCUCAGCUGUCAGUUGCUCUCAGAACGCGCGUCAAGUCGCAACGGUUUUCUCUCGAAUCAAAAGAUAGGGUGCCUUGAGUAAAGUGUCCUGAGUCAAAUCCAUUCCAAGUUAACUGACAAUAAUACUUAUUCGGGUAAUAAAGAUUCCUCUUCAAAGUGAAUAGCAGUGUAAUUCUGUAUAUCACUUAUCAGGAUGAGGGCUCUGGGAGGGCUCACCUUGCUUUUGGCGGUGACUAUCUGUCAAGGCGAAGUGUCGUUGAGUUCUUACGGAAAUGAACAGCCCUCAAAGAUAGUGCCACACCUCACAGCUUGGGCGUCCGGGCACUUCAAUGAGGUGCGAGAGCUUGCCAAUCAACUGAAGCAGAAAUUCAACGUUCUUUCUCAGGGAUCUACUGACUUCGGUUACACAUCUCCUUGGAGUGCUUCUAUUUUGAACCUUAGCGGAAGAAGUUCCUCUCAACUAGAUGCCUUGAGUUAUGAAAUAAGCGAGAAGCUGGUGGCGGAUAUGCGCCGGGGCAUUACCACUUAUAGUACAAUAGCGCAGCCAAACUUCUUUGAAGCAAAGGCCACUGAGCUGCUUGAGCUUUACGCAAAAAGCGAGAGCCACAAAAGCCUACAACAGACCGUUGGCCUUGGUCCCUUUCAACCAGUAGACUUGACCGGAUUUGACGAGGUCAAGAACUACGCCUAUCCCGCUGAGGUAAAGGUUAUUGACGGAAAAACUUAUGUUGUACACCGAAAUUGUACUGAAGCCACAAAGUUAUCAGGACUCAGAGGCUCAGCUCAGCGGAACCAAAGAUUUCACGAGCAAGGACAGAUAUCGGUGCCACACAGCAGCACUACGACCACCAUCACGCGAAAGAAGACCAUUCAUGACUGGGUAAGGGAGAACAUGGAGCCUAGCGUCGUUGGCUACAACUCGGUGGUUAAUGUGGACGGCCAGUUGACAAAGAGCGCCUAUAAUCAAAUUGCCCCUACGUCACCCGGAGUCAGCUCGACCAUGUCAAUACAUAGCUUUAACAAAACGAUCACUACGAAUCCGGACGGAACCAGUUCCGUAGGGGGUUCGGAGUGGCAGCAGCGCUGGCAGGAUGGCAAGUUGGUAUUUGAUCAGCGGCAGCCCUUCGGUCAGACGACAGUAUCGCGGGACGAGCAGUGGAAGCGCGAGGAGCGCGAAAGACUGUUCUGGUAUCUAACUACACCGCAACGACUUAACGAUUGGCAGCAACAGCAGGAGGAACGUCUGAUAGGCGUUGCCCAGCGCUAUAAGAUAACUCUUCCCGUCCUAAAAGAGUUCCACCGCCGCGAAUUGGCCCGCUACAUGGCUCUUCUGGCUCAGUACCAGCCGCAGGUUCAGGACACAAGCGGUUGGCAGAGACAGGAACGUGGUCGCCUGGAUUGGCUGAUUCACCAAAAUGGCUUCACUUCCCAGGAAAUUGAACGCUGGCAAAACGAGAACGAACGAAAGCUUGCCCAGGCGGCCCAGCAAUAUGGCAUCACUCAGAAAGAAUUGCGGCAGUGGCAGAGUCAGGAGUUGCAGCGUCUUUACGUGCACUUUAGCCACGUGAACGAGUCGCUAGCGCCGCAAACCAACUACUCCUACCGCUCAUCCAGUUCCCUGACCGAGGAUAAUACGAAGGAGCAAACGCGUUUGGAGGAGCUGAUUCAUCAGCACAAUACGACAAUUACCGCUCUUCAAAACUCCAUCAAAAACGACCAACAGCGAUUAAAGAAUCUUUCAAUUAAGUACCAGGGUGAUAUGCAAAGCCAAACGAAUUGGCUUCGCGGUGAGGUUGCCCGAAUCGGAGAACUAAUUAAGGUCCAAAACGAGCAGGUUUCCAAGAUCACUGCAUGGCAAAUCUCAGAGCGUUCCCGCCUAGAGAAUAUCCUGCUACAACACCGGGGCUCUGUGGACGAAGUUCAGCAAGGGAUAAACCUAGAUCGGAACUACCUUCAGAAUCUGGCUACCAAGUACCAAGUGACCGUUGAAGAGCUGGAGAAGUGGCAGCAUGAAGAGCUGCAGCGCCUUCAAGUGAGUGGACAACAGCAGCUGGAGAACCACAUUAAGGACUGGCAGAACCGCGUAAGCACCAACCUGCGCGACAUUGUGAGUCAGAACGACUUGACCAUUGAGGAGUUUCAGAACUACAUCAUCAAUGACCGCGGCCACUUGGAGGAGAUGGCUCGCAUAUAUAAGGUAAAGGUGGAGGAGAUCGAGCAAUGGAUCAAGAUCCAGCUGAAAAAGUUACAGUCAGAAGGUUUACUUAAGGGUAUGGAGGAAGAGUUGAUUCAGUGGCAGCAAGCAGAGCGCGAGCGCCUACAGGUCAUCGUUCAGCACAACACGCUGACCGUGGAGCAGUUGGAGGCAAAAAUCAAAAAUGAUCAGGAGCAUUUCUUUCAGCUGGCCGAAAAGUACAAGAUCAAUGUCGAGGACAUUCAGAACUGGCUUAAAAAGGAGAUACUGCGCUUGCAGAGCGAGGGUCUGGUCAAGGCUGAAACCUUGAAGGACUGGCAAGAGAAUGAGCGCGCUCAAAUAUCGUUGCUAGUGCAGCAGAAUAAAUUCUCGCUCGACGAGUUUGAGCGCAAAAUGCUGUCAGAUCGUUCACGUCUCCAAGAUCUUUCCAACACCUAUAAUGUAAAGGUAUCUGAGAUUGAACAAUGGAUCAAGUCCGAGGGCGAUCGCCUCCAACAAGAGGGACACCUGAGGAUGGAGUCUCAGCUAAACAACUGGCAAAAGAUUGAGCACCAGCGCCUACUAGACCUUAUCAAUAAAAAUAAUCUUUCCAUCGAGGAGAUCGAGUCAAAGAUAGGCAGGGACCAGACUCACCUAUACAGCUUGGCCCAACAGCACCAGGUGCGAGUUGAGGAGAUCGAGCAGUGGAUCAAACAGCAGAUUCAAAAGUUGCAAGACCAGGGCCUGCUUGAGAUGCAGAAGCUAAAGGACUGGCAGGUGGAGUGGCGGGGUAAUCUCACCAACAUGGUUCAGGACCGCGACUACACCGUUGAGGAGUUCCACAAGUGGCUGCUGAAGGACCGCGCCCAAUUGCAGAGCUUGGCUAUGCAACACAACGUGCAGAUUGAGGAGAUUGAGCAGUUCGUUCAAAAGGAGGAGCAGCGCUUCAUUGGAAUGGGCCUCUUAAAGCCCAGUGAAAAGCUGACCAAUUGGCAAGAGGUGGAGCGAUUGCAUCUGGAGAACCUGGCCCAGCAGCAAUACAAGUCUACAGAGCAAUUGGAGACACGUCUCAGACAAGAUCGAGAACUACUUGAAAGCCUAGCCCGCCAGUACAGCGUCCAAGUAGAGGAGAUCGAGAGGUGGAUGAAGCAAGAGCUGGCGCGCAUGCGUGAUGAGGGUCAGCUUCAAAUCGACAACCUUACCUCUUGGCAGCUGGCGGAGCGCGAGCGUCUGGAGGCCCUCAUCAAGCAGAAUAAGCAGUGGAGCGCUGAUGAGCUUAAAACCGAGCUAGAAAAAGAUCGUGAACACAUGCAGACAAUGGCAUUCCAGUACCACACUUCAGUCGAGGAGAUCGAGGAGUGGCUAAAAAGCGAAAUAGAUCGACUGAAACAGCAGGGAAAACUCAGCAUCGAGCAACUGUCUGCCUGGCAGCGCACCGAGCAGCAGCGAAUCCUUUCGCUUCUCCAACAACACUCCAACAUAACCUUGGAGCAGUUCCAAGCCAAGAUACAGAACGAUCGUCGUUUUCUGAUAAGGCUUGCGGAGCAACACCACGUCCAUAUUGAAGAAGUGGACAAUUAUGUUAAACAGGUAAUUGAGAACUUACGGAAAAACGGUCAGUUUGAGAUCGAGCAACUGCAAACAUGGCAGAGAGUGGAAAGAGACUACAUUAAGGGUCUAAUUGCCGAAUACAAGAACGGUCUGUCUACUGCGGAGUACGAGGAAAAACUGUUAGCAGACCGAGCCCAUUUGAAUCACCUUGCUGAUCAAUACCGCCUGAGUGUGGAGCAGAUCGAGGAGUGGAUGAUCGCGGAACUGAAACGUUUGCAGGGCAGCACGGAGGAAUCCCUAAAGAGCCUCAGCGCCUGGCAGGUUUCCGAGAUGGAUCGCCUGCAAAAUUUAGUUAAACAACAAAACCAUCUGACCUACGUAGAGUUCGAGAUGGAGCUAAACCAGGAGCGGGAGCGUUUGCAGAAACUGGCCAACCAAUAUUCCGUUAACGUCGAGGAGAUCGAGGAAUGGCUUCGUCGGCAGCUAAUCAACCUCCGAACCACCGGCCAGGUAAAGGUCGAGAAUAUGAGCAAGUGGCAGGUGGAAGAACAACAGCGCCUAAUAGAACUGCUACUAAAGAAGCAACAAGAGAUGCCUUACGAGCAGGUAGAGCAAGAACUGUAUCGGGAUCACGACCGGCUGCAGAGCCUUUCGCAGACACAUCACGUGGGCAUCGACCAAGUGGAGCAAUGGCUUCGCGAAGAGCUACAGCGCCUGCAUAGCUCCGGUCUCAUCCAAUUUAAGGAGCAAACACAGUGGCAGGAGAAAAUCAGCACCGGUUUGAACCACUGGUUGCAGCAGCAGCGCAAUGGAGCUAGCUAUCAAGACUUCGUUGACUUCCUCAAGCGCGACAAGCACCGAUUGGACGGCAUCGCCUCCGACUAUCAAGUGACUGUGGAGCAGGUGGAGAAAUGGGUUGAAAAGGAAGCUGCUCGACUUUCACUCAUUGGAGUGAUUGAACGUCCGGAGAACAACGUGAAGUACGAGGAUAUAGGCAACAUUUGGAUUGGCAACCAGUCUGCUUCCUGGAAAAACGAAUUGUUAUCCCGCCUUCAAAGCGUAACCCACCGACGACCGUUCUCUAGGCAAGAGUUCGAGAGCUACCUGAUCCGCAACAAACCGAUCUUCGAGCAGAUCUCACGCCAGAACCACGUGACUAUCGAAGACAUCCACUUGUGGCUGGACCAGAGCGCCAAACUCACGGGUCUUGUCUCCUCUGAGUGGCAAGUUAAGGAACGGCUGUACAUCGACAAUCUGCUCAGCCAUCCAGAACACAAGCAGCAGAGGUGGACCAUAGACGAGCUGCAGAUUCUACUGAACAACGAUCAGAAGCACUUGAAGGAUGCAGUCGUCCAGUAUAAUGUGACUAUCGAAGAGUUGAAGGUCUGGUACAAGAACGAGCUUAGCCGACUGCUGAAGCAGCGCAGAAUCGACAGUGGCUUAGGCCUUUCAAUGAAGACCGAUGAGUUAAAUACAGGGCGACAGGGCAACGAUUGGCGCGAGCAAGAGCGAAAGCGUCUUCGUGAAGUUGCCGUCGGAGUAGUGAUUACUGAGAAGGAGCUUCUUGAUUUUAUUUCACAUGACACAAGCUUUCAGUCGAAAUUGGCACAGCUCUAUCAGGUGGGUCUGAAUCAAUUGGCGCCCUUGCAGCGCAUAUUUACCGGCAACAUGGCGCGCGAGCAUUUACUGGAGCAACGCCGCCUGAACCAUCUAACCACUUGGCAGCAGAGGGAACGUGACCGCCUGUACGAAUUCAUCGGCAAUCAAAACAUGACGCAGUCGGAACUUAGUAAUUGGCAAAGCCAGGACUCGCACUUGUUAGAAGAAUUUGCCCAGAGGUAUGAGAUCACGGCGCAGCAGCUCAAGGACUGGCAGAAGCAGGAGCUCGAGCGCAUCAACCAGUUGGCUAGGUACUACAGCAUGUCGCAGAGCGACCUGCAACAAUUCCGCGAGGGCGAGCUUAGCCAAAUAGCCUACAUAAAUCACCGCCAACUAUUGUCUGCUGCCGAAUUACAAAAAUGGGAGAAGCGCCACCAAUGGUCCUUAAGUCGGUUGCAGAGUCGCUAUGGCAAGUUUGGAAAAGAGUUGGUCGCCUGGCGCCGUACUCUAUUCCUGCUUAGCCAGGGUCUCAUUACCCUGCCAGCGAACAGUGGCGCUAAUGGUGGAUACGUGGUGGAUCCAGGAAGCACCAACGCCUCGGCUGCAUACAAGCCAAUAUUUUCCAAGGAUAGAGGGGACCAGCCGCCCCACAAUUACGAGGAAACCUUUGUCGAGGACGACGAGCCGGGCCUGGAGGGCGAGGCGAAAGGUUCGCGACCUGUACAUUCCUCCACCUUUCUGACUGCGUCCACUCCUCCUGUCCCAUAUAACCGGGGUGGACCUGCUAAAGGUUAUGAGUACCAUCGUGAAGACUACACCUUCAACGUGCCGGUGGUCACAGCCUCGUCCUUGGCUACCAGUGGACUCACCGGAUCUUCAGCCAGUGCAAGCGCAACCAUUGGAAAGUGGAACCGCGCGGCUGGGGAUGAGCCCUCUGAACAGGAGGAAAAUCUUGGACAGCAGCAGCAGGCGGAAGAACUGGGAUGGAACGAAAGGCUAAAGGAUCUUGGGCAGCAGAAGCAGGUUGAGGACACAGACUGGAACCAUCAGUCGGAAGAUCUUGGUCAACUGCAAGGUAAUUUUGAAGAUAGCUCCAUCUUUGACCAAGCGAAGGAUAACAUCGUCAAGAAUAACAUCAAGAACACUCCCCUGCAACAGCCCUCGACGGUGGAGGUAGAAGCGACCGCAGAGCCCUCGUUUUGGGAGAAGCUCAAGGGAAAGCUCGGCUGAAAGGAAACCCGUUAACUGCCAAUUACAAACUUUUCAUAGCUUAGUUUGAGAAAUAAAGAAAUUAAAUUUUUUUGUGCAACGAAAAGAACAAUUAAAGUUCAUUAAUCUGUUGUGUAAGAAAGUGUUUAAAUACAAUA